GUAAAGGGAGAGAGAGAGAGAGGAAUUAAGACAAAACAAAAGACCCCUUACCUUCCCAUGUACUCAGAUUCCUCUAAACAGGUCCUAUGCUUUUUUUCUCCUCUCCAGGAGUUAAGAACCCCAUCCUUAUAGAAAACCAAAAGAGAGAGAGAGAGAGAGAGAGAGAGAGAGAGAGAGAGGCAAAAGCUCUAGCCAAAAGGUUGACUUGAGGAGUGCUCAGGAGAAAAAGGGUUGAAAUUAGCAGAAGAAGUAGUAGCUAGUAGUUGUAGUGCUUGUGUGGAGUAGAAUAAGCCAAGGAUCAACAUAGAAACAUUUUUGAGCCAUGAAUAGAGGGGGAGGGUUUCAGAGCUUUCUGGUGCAGCAGAUGACCAUGGGGGGAAACCCUAGCAGCUGGUGGGCAAGCAACAUGAACAGUAAUAGUGUGAGAGCAGCAGCAGCACUUGUUGAUCAAGAAGAGGCUGCUAAUUCUCUCUUGCCCUCCUCAUCACCUUCUCCCUCUUCAGUGUUUCCUCAUCAUCAGUUCCAAUCAUUACAACCCUCCUCUCAUCUCCUUCCUACCAACCAAGAUCUUCCUGAGUCAUGGAGCCAGCUCUUGCUGCAGGGAGGAUUAGGUGGUGGAGAGGAAUAUAGCUGCAGGUAUGGCUCAAAUAACCCUUUCCAAGCCAAGGAUCAUGAGAUGGAGAUGUACCAAGCAGGAAGUGAGCACAUGGGCAGCAGUACUGUAAAGCAAGAGAUCUCAUCUGAGAAUGCCUAUGCCUACUCAAAGCCUCAGUGGAGUCAAAUGCUGCAAGCUUCCUCUCCUAGGUCAUGUGUUACAAGCACAGCAAGCUUCAACAGCAACAUGCUGGACUUCUCAAACAACAAGCCUCCAGAGUUAGGGCAAGGGCACCACCAGCAACCAGAGAACUCAUCUGAGUGCAACAGCACUACAUCAGGUUCAGCUUUCAAGAAGGCUAGGGUUCAAGGCUCCUCACCACUACAAUCUACUUUCAAGGUGAGGAAGGAGAAGUUAGGGGACAGAAUAACUGCCCUUCACCAGAUAGUUUCCCCAUUUGGAAAGUGUUGUUGUCUAAUUAUAUACUCUUUUCGUGGUCAUGGGAAAUUUCCUAGGGGAGGAUUAGGUGGUGGAGAGGAAUAUAGCUGCAGGUAUGGCUCAAAUAACCCUUUCCAAGCCAAGGAUCAUGAGAUGGAGAUGUACCAAGCAGGAAGUGAGCACAUGGGCAGCAGUACUGUAAAGCAAGAGAUCUCAUCUGAGAAUGCCUAUGCCUACUCAAAGCCUCAGUGGAGUCAAAUGCUGCAAGCUUCCUCUCCUAGGUCAUGUGUUACAAGCACAGCAAGCUUCAACAGCAACAUGCUGGACUUCUCAAACAACAAGCCUCCAGAGUUAGGGCAAGGGCACCACCAGCAACCAGAGAACUCAUCUGAGUGCAACAGCACUACAUCAGGUUCAGCUUUCAAGAAGGCUAGGGUUCAAGGCUCCUCACCACUACAAUCUACUUUCAAGGUGAGGAAGGAGAAGUUAGGGGACAGAAUAACUGCCCUUCACCAGAUAGUUUCCCCAUUUGGAAAGACUGACACUGCUUCAGUACUACUAGAAGCCAUUGGCUACAUCAGAUUCCUCCUCAGCCAAAUUGAGGCACUCAGCUCCCCGUACUUGGCCAGUGGAUCUGGGAACACUAGGCACCCUGGACAAGGAGAGAGAAAUUGUAUAUUUCCAGAAGACCCUGGUCAGUUGUUACAAGAUAAUACAACGAAAAAAAGAGUCUCACCUGAACAGGGUUUUGACAAUGAGACAAAGAACAAGGACCUGAGGACUCGCGGGUUGUGCCUCGUGCCGGUGUCGUGCACUUUGCAUGUCGGAGGCGGCAGCGCGGCCGAUUUCUGGGCUCCAAAUGCUCUCGGAGGCGGCUUCUGA